UUAUUGUUAUGUGCAGAUUAUCAAAUAAUACAAAAAUGAUUUUUUGUAGACAAUUUUCAACACAAAAUUGCCAGUUCCAUCUGCAUCAUCGGCUUCAAUCUGGGUUCAGGACUUGUAAGAGGCCCAUUAGCGCCAAUAGGCCCAUUAUCAUAUUAGCCCAGUCAGUUGAAAUCUGCUUUCUGUUUUGCAGUUGCAUAUUUCCCGCCUGUAUUUGAAGCCAAUUCCGUUUGUAUUAAAGAACUAAAAAAAACAGAAUUCUUCCAACAACAACAAAAACCAUAAACAAAAAAUCGCUUCUUAACUUCACAUAUUGUUUUGGAGGUUUCAUUUUUUCUUAAAUAUAAAUGUCUCCGUUAUUAACCAGACAAUCCUCAAUCCAAAAUCCAAUCAAAGAUGAAGCAAUUCGCCGGAGUCCUCUUCCUUUGCAUCGUUCUUCUCUCCUUCGUCGCCGGAAAUGCUAAUUCCGGUAUGAUAUCCGAUCUCUGCAAACACUCCGACGAUCCAAAACUCUGUCUCUCCAGCAUAACUUCACGUCCCGAGUCCGGCGAAUUCGCAGGCACCAGCAACCAGAUCGAGAUCAUAGCUAUCUCCGCCGCAUCAGCCAACGCCUCCGCCACUUCCUCCUAUAUCAAGAAAAAGCUCAGCAACGAAGAUUUGGAGCCGGCGAUUGAAGACACGCUUGAGGACUGUCAGAAGAAUUACCAAGAUGCUGUGGAGCAGCUUGACGACUCGAUCUCGGCCAUGCUCGCAGACGCACACGCUGAUGUCGACGUCUGGCUGAGAGCGGCGAUCAGCGCUAUCGAGUCUUGUGGAAGCGCGUUGGAUUCACGCGCCGGGAACGAUGCAGAGCUUUCCCAGAGGAACAAGGUCUUUCUCAAGCUGUGCAAAAACGCUUUGAUGAUUAACAAAAUGUUAACUUGAGAAUAUUAACCCUCCAAAUUUUAUGUAAUGUAUAUUAUAUUAUUUGCUUCCUCUUUUUU